CCAUUCAGUACACCCGCAACUGGCUGGCGACGGCACGCCUCGAUCGUGAAUGCUACAAAUAUUUUACGAAAAUUAAAUAUCAAUUAAAAAAUAAAUAAAAUUACAGAAAAAGUGACCAUCAGGAUUUCUACAUUCAAAUCCUCAAGUCCUCAAGAGUUAUUUUUUUUUUAAAGUGUGUUUAUGACGUUCGCGUUUAUGCUAUUCAGCCGGCGUACGAAAUUUGAAUUGGUCAAGGUCUGUUUGGUUUUGGCCUUUUGGUGAACUGUGAACAAUUUUUGAAAACCCUGAGUGCAUCCAGGUGACUCAAAAUGGUAGUGCGAGUGGCGACAGACGAGCGUCCCUUCGAGACGCCCUCCUCAGACGAGAGUGGGCUGGGCCGUAGCGACUCACCCAGCGAAGAUGCUGAACCUGAAGCGGCCUUGGUGGUGCCGCCAGAUGGCGGUUGGGGCUGGGUGGUGGUCGUGGCAUCAUUCCUCUGCAACUUCUUCGUCGACGGCAUCAUCUUCUCCGGGGGCAUGCUGAAAGAAUCCAUCCAGAAGGAAUUCCAAAUUUCGGAAUGUCAAGUGGCCCCGGUGAAUUCCCUGCUGGCUGGCUUCUACCUCCUGGCCGGGCCGUUCGUUUCAGCUCUGGCGAACAAGUACGGUUUCCGCGUGGUGACCAUCAUCGGCAGCACAGUGGCGGCAGCUGCCUUCGCUCUCUCCUACUACGCGACCAGCGUCGAGUAUCUUUACAUUGUCUACGGAAUCGUUGGUGGCAUUGGUUUGUGCAUGGUGUACAUGCCAGCGGUGCUGACCGUGGGCUUCUACUUCGAGAAGUGGCGUGCCCUGGCCACGGGCCUGGCACUGUGCGGAUCAGGCGUGGGCACCUUCGUCAUGGCGCCGCUCACCGACGCGCUCAACGACAGCCUCGGCUGGCGGCUCACUAUUGUUGUUCAUGCUUGCAUGCUGCUCUUAUGCAUAAUCUUCGGAGCAAUGUUCAGACCGAUUCAACCCAUAAGAGUAACACUUACAGACCAAACAGAGGAAGAAGAUAUGGCUCGUCGGCACGAAGAAGCAGUUGAAAAACUGAAUUCGAUGCUCAAAUUGCAGAGCAAAUUAGACUCGGGCAUAUCCUUGCCAGCAGAUAUGAGAUUCACUAACAAAGUCAGCCCGCAUACUUGGAUGGGUGUGCCCAACAACACUCACUAUCCAACUGCCGAAGAAGUGUUUCGUGGCAGCAACAGUCAUAUCAACGGUGCGCAGUACGGAGGCCGUAGAGCAUCAGCCAACGCUGGAGCAAUCAAAUCACACAAACCCAUCUUCAUGACUAUAACAGUGGCCGAGAAAGAUGAGCAGGAAGAUUCCAACAGCAACAUUGACAACGCUGAACCACCUACUGCACCUCUUAUUGGGGCAACCGUCAAAGUAUUGCCUUCUCAACAAGCUCCCCGCCGCUCUCAUUUGGACCUUGUAGCCAGGCCGCUGUACAGAGAUGAUAUCUUUUUCGGCGCUAGCUUGACCAGGCUACCACAAUAUACAUCACGUACAUCUCUGGGUUACCACUUAGCAGUAACACACGUUCCGACCAAGGAAGAUACCAGAGAAGAGACAUCAAGCAAAUGCAAAUUCUGUCCCGAAGCUGUGAAGAGGGCAUUAGCAACUAUGUUGGAUGUCAGCCUUUUCCGUUCUCCUACAUUCGUAAUCCUCGCUGUGAGUGGAUUCUUCACGAUGUUAGGAUUUUUCGUACCUUAUAUGUAUGCUACGCAAAGAGCAAAGGACAAUCAUGGUAGUGAAAUUAGUCAGAAGUGGCUGGUAUCUGCCAUUGGAGUGGCGAACAUCGUCGGGCGUAUCAUGUGUGGUCUGGUAUCUUCGAUGCCGAAGGUGUCACCACUGUGGCUGAACAACAUUGCGGUGUCUGCAGGAGGCAUUGCUACCAUGAUCAGUGGCCUGUACUACCAUGACGUUUACCAGUUCGGAUAUUGCGCUGUUUUCGGUCUUGCUGUUGCUUGCUUCGCGUCUCUCCGUUCGAUCCUGGUUGUGGAAUAUCUUGGUCUAGAACAACUGACCAACUGCUUCGGUCUUUUCCUUCUUUUCCAAGGACUUGGUGCUUUAUUAGGUGCUCCAAUUGCUGGUUUUAUAAUGGACCAGACACAGAGUUAUGACAUCACAUUCGGCGUGUCUGGAGCCUUCCUACUGAUAUCUGCAUUGAUGUGCUUCCCAGUAGACCGCAUCAGCAGGUGGGAGAAGGAAAGAAACAAAUUGAAUCCUCCACAAAACGUUUGAUCGGGCACGGAAGGUCGAGUGGACCGCCGUGAUACCAAACAGUCUAGGGUGGAGUGAACCUUGGUGCCAAAACUCCAGCUAUGGUAUCGGUAUUCCGAGUCACUAGAUAACGUGUGGAAAAGUUUCUGACUGGAAUUCGACGUUUCCGAAAUGGCCGAUUUUGAAAUUGGUUUUGGCCAAAACAAAAUGCUUUGAAUACCAGCCUUGAAACCAUUUCGGCAAUCUUACCCAAGUAGAUAAUCUAUAAAUUGUCCAAAAUGUUAUUAUCGUUUAAAGUGUAUUCUAAACGUUUGUAUAACCAUUGCUACAACAAACCCCUACCUAUCGUAAGUAGAUGUGAUAAAGUUUGGAUCUGAGUGUGUGAAAAUGUUUGUAACUUAAUCACUCUAAAUCUACUGAACGGAAUUUCCAUUAAAUUUGGUAUAAGGGUAGAAUGUUAACCUGGAAUAGCACAGAUACCGUUUGGGCGCAGUUAGUUAAAUAAUAUUUAUAAAGUAAAACUUGCCUCGAAUAUGAAAUUAGUAAGUAGAAACAUUCCCAAAAGUAAAUUUUUGACAAAACUGCAGUGGAUUGAACUAGUGUAUAGGCUCAGUUAAGUCAGAUAAAUGCAUUUACAUAGGAUUAGAAGUAAAAGUACAAAGACUCAAAAGUAAAAUAGAAAUAGUACGCAGUUUUGUUAAAUGAGAUGAUCUGAAGCCAAAUUGUACUUCAAUUUUAUACUACACUUAUUUAAUGUGGUUGCAAAUUAUAAGACUCUUGUUAUAUUUUAGUUUGUAAUUUAGGAUAUUGCAUGUUACAAGCGUGUUUGAAAUAACUAAAUGUAAUUUUAAAUGUGCCUUAUGAAGUGAUAAAUAGAUUUAAAUUGUAAUUAUUUACUUUACGAAAAUUUUAUAUUAUUGUAGCUGGUCGUAGAAGUUGCAAUUUAUUGGUAUUCUGUUAUGAAUUGUGUUUGUGUGGGUUAUUAUGAGUAUCUUAGAUUAGUGCUACAAAAGUAAAGGCUGUGGUCUUUUAUAGUAUAGAGAAAUCAUAGUCUUCAAUAACUGCAUAUUUCUGUAACAAAUAGGACAUUUCGAUCUUAUUUUUUGAAAAACAAAUCAUGUCCAUAAUCUUAGUAUGCUUACUACUUAUAUACUUUCGAUCACCAGUGGGUAAAGUGUGGGUUUGCAUUUCACUUCUCAAUAUCGAGUCGAUUCGCAGCAAGACUCAGCGCGCCAUUGUGAGGCGACGACAAUCACACUGUAAUGUGAUUGGUUAGCUGCGUCGUAGUCGAUUCGAAGUGAGAGGCAACAAGUAAGGAGUUAAAUGCAAACUCUCGAUCAUCGUAUUGACCAUUGGAGUUCAUUUUCUAUGUACCAAUUAAACUGUAAGCUCUGUGCGCCCCAACCACAGACCAUUUAAAAACGGACUGUGGCCUCAACUAUGCAGGUAUAAACUAGUGGGGAAUAACACUGUCUACAGCAGUCUUUUGCUGAAAAGUUGUGGUGUUGAGUAGUUGUGGGCCGUUGAGUGUUGUCCAUUUAUUUAUUCUAGUGAGAUGAAUCUGGUCAACUCUCGUCGAAUAAUAUUUAUUUUGAUUUUUUUUAUUAUUGUUAAUGUUUUGAGUUUCAAUAGCGUAUUGACGGCACACACUCAUUUUUACUUUGGUACAUAGGUUGGUAAUAAAACUACAACUGAAUGAUUUUGUGUUCAAAAUGAUGUUUGAUAAUGCCAAAUGGCCAAGUGUUACGGAGAUGGGAUGUGCUUACGGAAUCAAAAAUCAGUACAAUUAUUUCUAACGCUAGAGGUCUGAUAUGAAAAGUAUACAAAUAAAAACAAUUGAAGGAUGCCAAUGCGAGCGGUGUAAAUAGAAAUUAGUGAUUAUAUUGAUAAGACAUUAUACAAACUGAUGAUAUUCAAAUUAAUACCUACUACUAUUUUGAAUUAUUAUUGUGAUAACAAUAUGUAACGGAUUUUACAUUUUAUACUAAAAUGUAACCUCAUCCCAGUACUUACAUGUUUUAAAGAGAUAUUCAUGCAUGAUCCAAGAGUAGUGUUAAGCAAUCCUUGGGUGUUUUCACUUAGGUUGUUCAUGUAAGCACCUUAUCAAUAAUAAUAACGAUUUUGUUACUA